UUAAAAAAUUAAAAAACAAAAUGUUAAAAUAAGUUUUCCCGUGUAUUUCGACGAUUUUUAUUUGCCAUUAACGAUGAACAACAUGCGAAAAGUGAACUGUUUGCUGCAACAACUGCGCUGUUUGAUGGGACAGAGUCUCAAAGAGCGAUCAUUGAAGUUGAUGGCACUCUGCGUGAUCAAGUCGCCGUUCAAGUUUCAACGCGACAUUGUCUAUCAUUACAAGCCAAUUUCGAGCCCGGCGCUCGACGAAACGCUUUUUCGCGAAUGGUACAAGGAGUUUCGACGACGAAUCAGCCUGAAAUUGAAGGGAUUUGCGUUGUCCGUGAGUAUUUUGGGCGCCUUCGAUUGGAACAAGGAACGAAUUGAAUUCGACACGGUCAAAGAUGAACUGAAAGAGUUCGAUUUUGUGGAAAGACUGAAGAUGAAGAUCAUUUGUCGCGUGUGCUCGAAACGCAUUCUCAUCGGAAAUGUCAAAGUUGAGGGCAUCGAGUAUUGUUCGUGCGAUCGGGAACAACAAGAAGUCCUUCGAUUGGCGGAAAAGCGAAAUGGGCAUGCGGAUGCGACUCUUGACGACGAGGAAAAUUGGGAGCCGUACAUCGAACGACACAAAAUGAUCACAUGGCGACGCGAAAUUCGACCCGGAUUGUACGCCUACAAGGUUUACGUCGAAUAUUCGGACGUGUCGGCGGAGGAUUUCCUCUUUGUGCAAACUGACAACGAUUAUCGCAAGCAAUGGGACGAAACUGCCAUCAAACUCGACAUAAUCGAUGCGGAGGAAAAAACCAACAGUCAAGUCAUCUAUUGGGAAAUGUUGUGGCCCAAGUUCUUCAGUAAUCGAGAUUAUGUCUACAAACGGCGAUAUUUCAUCGACGACAAGACAAACCAGAUCAUAAUUGUCAACAAAAGUACGAAACAUCCAAAAUGUCCCCCGAAUCCGUACAAACAGCGCGUUGACGAGUAUUGGAGUUUCAUGAUAAUUCGCCCCAAAACGACGCUCUCCAAACCGGGACUCGAAUUUGUGCUCACGUACUUUGAUAAUCCGGGGCUUUCGAUUCCUAAACGCAUCACAACGUGGGUCGCGCAACGACAAAUGCCCGAUUUUUUGGAUAAACUUCACAUUGCGACACUGAAUUAUGCCAAAGUGAAAAAAACACAAAUGAAGAGAAAUAAAAGCGUCCUCGAAAAGGAUCCUGGAUAUGAAUAUCCGAAUUUAGAUAAUAGGGAUGAUGUUACUGACGAUGAUAGCGAAGACGAAACCGAUAAUUUAUCCAACAACAGUGAGCAAGGACCAAAUUCGCCGUUGGAAGAUGCCCAAUCGACGAGACAUUGGUGGAAUUUAAAGAACCUCUUCCUUUUCUGACGUCCUUAGAAGUAAAAAAAUCUUCCGCACUUCACAAAAAUUACAAAAAAAAAAAAAAAAAUAAUCUUAAGGAUUCUUUGAUAGUUUUUCGAGAGUAGUUUGUAGAUUUCUGCUCCCAAGUUUUUUUUUAGUUUUUAUUUUUUUAUCAACAAAGUUUAAUUGUACAUGUCUCUUAUACUUAGUGGUUACGAAAAAAAAAUAUAUUAAAUAUAAAAUCGUUAAAAUUUUCAUUAAAAUUGUUAAAAUUCAAGAAAAAAGAGAAAAGUUGUAUGAAGAAGCUGUGAUGUGUAUCCACUGAGUUUAUCAUGUCUUCAGAGCAUCAAAGCGAAAAUUGAGAAUUUUUAUCAUUUGAACAGUGUGAAACACAAGAAUUCGGUAACGGAAUGUAAAUUAACGCGAAAUUUGAUGAUAACUAGUGAGGAAAACCAAUAUUUAAAACAAUAAAAUGCCAUAGAAA